AUGCAAAUUUUUAAUAUGGGAAUACAUACCCAAAUAUAUUUGCUGUACACAAUCAGCAGAAACAUGUCCAGUUCACCCAAAACGCCAACGCCACCCACAUUGCCGCCGGGAGUGACGAAAGUGUGUCACAUUGUCAAGCGACCCGAUUUCGAUGGCUAUGGCUUCAAUUUGCAUUCGGAGAAAGUGAAACCUGGACAAUUUAUAGGCAAAGUUGACGCCAAAUCGCCAGCUGAAGCAGCAGGCCUUAAAGAGGGUGACCGCAUCCUCGAGGUGAACAGUGUUUCCAUUGGCAAUGAGACGCACAAACAAGUGGUGGCUCGUAUUAAGGCCAUUGCGAAUGAAGUGCGUUUGCUGCUGAUCGAUGUUGAUGGCAAGGCUCCUGUGCCACAGGACGCAAUGACGACGUCAUCGCCCGUGUCCACACCAACAACUCCACCACCACCACCAUCGGCAGUCAGUGUGAAUGGUAAUGGAAAUCGAUCGCCAUCGGCCUAUGAGGGUACCAAACAAGAGAUGCCCGGUGCCAGUGCCAAUAUAAGUAGCAUUAGCAUGGUCAGUACCAAACGAUCAUCGAAUGCCAGUAGCAUUCAAAGUGGCAGCACUAUGAAUGCCAACGAUAUGGAUGUGGUCGACAGAGCCAUGCCCAUUGCAGUGCCACCGCCCGUUGUUCCAUCCAGUCCGCAAAAUGGCAACAAGCCCCCCUCAUCGCCCAUCAAUAAUAAUACAUUGAUGGCCACGCCACCGCCGCCUCCAUCGGCCACCACAAACAUGAUGAACAAUGGCAAUGGCACGGUCUAUAGCAACACAAAUGGUAAUGGUACCUCCGCAGGGACACCAUCGCCAUUGCCAUCACCGACAUCCGCAUCCGCAGCAGCUAAUGUUAACCGAGCGGGUAGCCUGAAUUUGCCUUUAACAGCCGCCGAAAUGCGGGCGAAAUUGGCAUCGAAAAAGAAAUAUGAUCCCAAAAAUGAGAGUGUGGAUCUUAAGAAGAAAUUCGAAAUUAUACAAAAACUCUGAGAGAGAGAAUAUCACCAAUCGUCUGGAGAUCUAUCCAAAUCCAAAUCGAUAUAUAUAUAUAUAUUAACUUUUUCUCUCUACCUUUCUUUCUCCAAUCUUCCCUCACCCAAAUUCUCGCAAGGAAGAACGACAGAUAGAAAAAACAUCAUGAUGAAUAGAAAUGAAGAAGGCACCAUGUUAUUAUCUUACACACACACACACACACCCACACAACAACAAAAUCUAUACAAAAAUCUAUGUCAUAGACACAACACAACAACAAAACAAAAACCAACGUUUCAAAAUGAGAAAGAAUAACAACAACAACAACAAAACAUGAAAAUAUUUAGCAUAUUUUUAGUACGCAAAAGUCACUUAUGAACUAAGCAAACGUUUUUUUAUAUUAUUAAGUUCAGCAGGUAACAGCAAAAAUAUAUACAAAUAUAUCUACUUAUAUACAUACAUACAUAUAUAUAUAAAAUUAUAUAUCUGUAUAAAUUUAUAUAAAUAUAUAUAUCGUUUUAUACAAUUGGCAACCUUUUUCGCAUUCGUUGAAAUAUAUGUACUUAGUUUUGCAUAUACAUUUUUACAGUAAAUAAAGAAUAAAAGAAACAACAAAAACAAAAAAAAAAA